AUGCAGGCUCGCAAGCCCAACCUGUACCCAACAUGCGUGUGCCGACGAUGCGAGCUCGAGAAGGAGGAUAACGAUCAUGUCUGGAAAUGCCCUUCGGCAGCUGAGACCACCACUGAGAUCUGGAAGGAGGCCAUGGGCAAGAUUAAUGAGUGGGGUGUGCAGGCGACAAACAGCUACAACGCAUCCAGGAAGCGAGAAUACAAACGCGCGGUGGACAGAGGUCGUCAGGUACCGAGGCCAGUACCCAUACACUGGUGGCCCCCUUCGGAUGCGGAUCAUGUGCGAGGAUUUUCCUCCAUCGGUGGAGCUCGAGCCGUGCACAGCGGUAGUCCAGCUCCCGAUCGAGACGAGAAACCGAUGUGGAAUGUGUCGGAUCUCCUCCGCGGCAUCACCCCCUUGAGCAUGUUGACUGAAUGGUCCGCGGUCUUCCGGACCCCAAUGUCUAUCGCCAAGACAGUCCUUCACAAGUUUGUUGGCUACCUGGAGGCGCAAGCCUCGGAGCUGAUCUGGAAACCUCGGUGCUCCGCGACGAUCGCGUGGGAACAAAGCCAGGGCAUCUCUGCCAAGGACAAGACAUCCAAAUACACAGGCCCCCGAGGUGACUGGAGUCAAGGAUACGGUUACAUCACGCACGAUGGUUUCUCAGCGACAAUUGUUGCGCAGAGCCAGGUUCUGGACCGGACUGCGACUGGUGGAUGGUGCACUGAAGAGUUUGGUAUGUAG